CGUUUUUCCGUAUUUAAUGACUGAGAUACCUCAUUGUAUUUUCUCCCUUUCUGCCAUUCUAUAGGAUCGUGGUGAAUCUAAUCGCAGCAACAAAUUCACUUCACCUUGACCUUUCACAAAGGUGUUAACAGUACAGAAUGGGCUCAGUGACAGGAAACGUCAGCUUACCCCGUGGCACUGGUGUGCUAAUCGAUGUCUCUAAUCACACAUCUGCUGGAUCAACUCCUGGAGUGACUUCUUCUUCAGAGCAUCUCUGCACCAUGUGUUGCUGCCGAUUACUGAACCAUACGCUGACAGUGGCGUUCAUGGUUGGCCUGGCCUUUGCCAUUGUUGUCGGCAAUGUGGUGACGCUCACAGUGUUUAUGCAGACACGCCAAUCCCGCUCACCACAGGGCUACCUCAAAGUGUCUCUGGCCAUUGCUGACAUGAUGGUUGGGAUAGUGGUUGUGCCAUUCUCUGUUUACACUGAAAUCUCCAUCAUGGUGGGCAACACUCCUCCUAUGUGGUACCAGACUGGAUCUACGGUCUCAGCACAAGAACUUUCCAGCUCGUGGCAGCCCUGUAUGGUGAUCGGCCCAAUGUUUGCUGGCUGUACUUUUGUCUCUAUCAGCACUAUAUUCUUGAUGACAGUGGAGCGCAGUGUGGCAAUCAUAUGGCCAUUACAGAAAGAUACACUUGUGACGCGGCGGCGGACUUUGCUCCUGAUCCUCGCCUCAUGGACCGGCAGCUUUCUGAUUGCAAUGGCGCCUCUAAUCUUGAGUGACAACUUUACUCUGGAGUACAAUGAGUGCAGCCGGAUGUGUAACUAUGUCCCACACCUGGUGGGUCUUCAGUUACCGGCUGACACCCACAUUAUGCUGCUAUUUCCAGCAUUCGACUUCACACUCCUGGGCAUUACUUUGAUAGUUAACAUCCUGUCCUUCACUAGCAUCUGCCGCUACACCCGCAAGCGCAAACUCCUCUCAGAAGGGCUUGAGGGAGGUGCUAGCACUUGCUCCCUUAGACCCUCCUUUUCAGACAUCAAGGCAGCCAAAACUAUUGGUAUCCUUACCUUUGCUUUUGGAGCCUCGUUCUCUCCCAUUGCCGUAUUUGUAUUGGGCAAUGUGGUCGGUUACACUUGGUGCAGCUUUUCCUUUUUUGCCUUCUGGAUCUUGACAGGAAACAGCUGCUGUAAUGUCAUUAUCUACAGCGUCAGGGAUCAUCGCUUUAGGAAAGGAGUAUCGCUUCUUUUUCAUAGGGACCGCUCGCCACCACACUCUGAGAAGAGCUAACAUUUCCAGAUAUAGACCUAUAUUUAGAUUUAAUCCUAAGGCUACACUAGCAUCACCAACAAUUUUAAUUGUUAAGCAUUUCAUAAGGAUAGCUGGGACUUUUUUCUUCACAGAAUGUGUCUGGAUUUGUGUUUUGUAUAUAUUGCUGUUAUAGUUUAGAUUUGUCAGAUUUGUCAUGACAUCAUUGUUUAGAGGAAUAUUUAUUAUAUUUUACCUUGAUAUUUAAUUGGGGCUAUCUCUGAACACAUGCUUCAGUAGGCGUUAUAAGACGUGAUAAGGCUCAUGGAGAAGAGAGAUCUUUAGAGUUAACGUGGUCAAUAUCACAAAUUUGUGUACAUUGUGUGAAUAAUUGGAUAGUCAAGAUAUUGCACAUUAUUCUAAUCCUAAUUUAAGCCUAAUUUAAGCCUAAACCUUAUUAGUUUAAAUAUUCAUCAACAAGCUACCUGUAAAUGAAUGUUCAAUGUCUUUGAUAUGAUUAAAAAUAUAUAAAUAAAUAUUCUGGUAUAUUAUGUCCAUGUCAGUCCAAACCCAAGAGUGACUGGAUUAAUGUAUUUGUAAUGUAUUUACGUAUUUACGUAUUUAUCUAUAAUUGUCCUUAUUUGACAUUUUUAUUUACAAGUAAUGUCUAAACCUCAUGAUAUGAUGUUGAUGAUAGUUGAUGUGUAGUUUCAACUGUAAGGCAGUGCACAUGUCAAAUAUAUGUACAUGUAGUUUCUAAAAGGUUCUCAGAUAAAUAGAGAAAAAGGUUUUGAUUAAAGUUCUGGAUUUUUGGUCAGUAUCUCUGUAGUGGUUCUUAAUCAGAACAUUUCAUGACUUGAGGACUUCAGUAGA